AGCAGGCAGCCGCAGAUCACCCCUUGGCACUCACGCGUUCGUUCUCGUAACUUUUUGCCCACCUGCAGGGAGAUCAGAUCAGAUCACGACCAGAGGCACGCUCGCACGGUAGGUAAUGAAAAAUAUCUUCCGUAUGUUGCCCAACGCGGUAAUUGAUGGGUGGGAUGAGGGAUAGUGCGGCGCACGCGCUGCAGAAAUGAAAUACUGGAGGAGAUUUGUGUGGAACACUGCUGCUACUGUGGAUCAUGGCAUGGUUCCAUUGUGCACUGGCUGGCAGUCUGGCACUCACGAUGGCAGUCGAGGUCGCGCUUAAUUAAUGCCUGUGAGUAGAGGAGGAUCUGGGUAAGGUACAAAAAUGGUUGCCUAACAAAAAAGGACACGACACGCGUUACCAGAGAGCGAGAUUGUAACGAAAUUAUGUUGGAGAUUAAGGGGGUGAAACCGUGAAGUCGGAUAGGAUAGGUAGGCCAACUUACACAGACCUGGCCAUUACCAGUUUUGAAGGUUUUGGUUUGUUGGAGUGGCGUAUUUUUGUACAGCAUUAUGAAUCACCUCAAGUGGUGAUUCGGUAAAGCUUUUAGGGCCUUUGCAGGCAUGAGAGACCUACAGAACAGGACAGAUAUAGGUGUGACAGAGAGGAGAGACCUGGUAGAUAAAUCAGAGACAGACUAAAUAGGGACAAGGAAGGGGAAGUAGGAAACAAAGAGGGUUAUAGAAUAAUUUUUGAAAGGAGGCUUGAAAGGAGAUAUAGCCAAUGGCCUACAGGGUUACUAGGGCACGAGCCAAAUAAUGUAUAGAAAAGUACAACAACAGACAAGAAACGGGGACACCAUCAUUUGGUUCAGCUUGAUGAUGAAAUUGAAAUUGUACUAGUUGGCGUUAGCAUAAAAAGAGCAGCAAAUAGACAUCAUUUUUCUACCUCCGUGAGCUGAACUUGGGUAUUGCUUUUGAGAAUCAUGCCAACCUUCAACGAUGAAGACUGAGGACUUGAGACGUCUUGAAGGCUCAACGGCUAUGGGCCGAUAAGCCACAGAUCUUGCCCGCUGAGCUCUUGAAUGCCUACCUUAGGAUACUGGGUGGCUGAAACGAGAAAUCUUUGCGGCAUAUAGGUGGGGCGUGUCUUGGUUUCUUGUUGCUUUCGCUCCUGGCUCUCUUCUUGACUUGUUAUUUUAGGGUUUCAGCAUUUAGAUUGCCUGGAGAAGUAAAUCUGCGGCCACGGAUUAUAUCCACGUGGUGGUUACCAGCCAAAUCAGACUGAUCCACCUUCGCAACCCUCAGCCUAACGUACUUAUAAUCGUUGAAGCCUGAUUUGGUCAGGUAUCAAUAAAAAUCACAUGGCCAUGUCCUACCCCACCAUGGCUGACAACAUCCGGGAUCCUCCUCUAUCUUCACUCUUUCCAUUCUGUUUCUACAUAACAUCUCACCCAUUCCAUCUUGUGACUCUAGUAAGGCGCAGGGCCCGCCCUUGUUAUUCAAGACUUGUGGUAUAUAUCUGCGCAAGCUAGGCUCUCUUUGCGUCUUCCAAGAAUUGUCUCUCGCGUCUCAUCAUCGAAUCUGAAUCGAAUACAAGUCGAGGCUCUAUCCAACACGACAGCAAUUACCCCUCAACCCUGCCCAUCAACGCUGACCUAGAAGGCCUAUACCGUGGGACAAACCCUUCCCAAUUAGUUGCCGGUAUUGCCAACAAGGCGACGCUGAAGGCAGCUAGCUGUCUUGAAACCAAGUCGAGUUGAGGUCUUGAACUUAGGCGGAUAAUUUCAUCACCGCCAUGCCUGAGGCUGAACAAACUAAAGACAAAGAUUACGAAUUCCUUAGCUACUGGACUUUUGAGGCAGUCGAAUACGACAGAUAUAUGGCAUGGAAAGCUGGUAAGGGAUGGAUAGCUAUAGGUCCUAGAGUAACUACUCGUCGCGAUACAAAUGGGGACGAUGAAGAUGUGCUUCGCCAGGGGCAAAGUGUAGUAGUAUCAGAGACCGAUUUCAAAUUGGUGCGAAAGGCCUAACUUCAAUAUGACCGGUAUAUACUUCCAAAU